UGUCAGUGGAAACUUGAAGCAGUUUGGAUCGAGCAACUCGUUCUAUCAAACAGCUGGCAUCUGCCAAGCUUUGCUUUAACUGAAUUUUUUGCAAUCUGUGAACUACUUCUGUGGCCCUUGUGCCCGCGCCCCUCAUUUCUGUUCUACGUUAAAUUCAACUUGUACAUGUCUGCACACGGCCACAAACAUACGGGUUCCGUGACCCAGAACCACAAAGCACAACUUGCUAAUGCCUAUAACGAACUCGGGAAGGAACUCUCAUCGAGCAAGAUCAGGGUUGUCGGAAACUACACCCUUGGAAAGGUCAUCGGUGAAGGCGCAUACGGGAAGGUUCGCUUGGGUACUCACCGUAUCACCUCUACCAGAGUUGCCAUAAAGCAGAUUCCAAAGGCAAUGUCCGCCUCCCUCACCCGCGAAAUACACCACCACCGCCAGCUUCACCACCCCCAUGUCACUCAGAUGUAUGAAGUUAUUGCAACAGAAUCUCACAUCUGGAUCGUCACAGAACUCUGCUGUGGUGGCGAGCUUUUUGAUUAUCUUGCUGAGAAAGGUCGCUUGUCCGAACGUGAAUCCAGCAUUAUUUUUGGUCAGCUUGCGCUUGCAGUUGCAUAUCUACACGAGAAGGGCAUCGUCCACCGAGAUCUGAAGCUUGAGAAUGUCUUACUUGAUGAACGCUGUCGCGUCAAACUUGGCGACUUUGGCUUUACUCGCGAAUAUGACCGUGGCGUCUACAUGGAGACUUUUUGCGGUACUACGGGAUACGCGGCCCCUGAAAUGCUUCAAGGCAAGCGUUACCUCGGCCCAGAGGUUGAUGUUUGGUCCAUGGGUGUGAUUCUCUACUGUCUUUUGACUGGCACACUUCCGUUUGACGACGACGACGAAGCAGUCAUGAAAGAAAAGGUCAUUAAUGGAAAAUAUGAAGACCCUGAGUGGCUCUCUACAGAUGCUCGUGAUCUUAUCCGCAACAUUCUCGAGGUCGAUCCUGCUAAGCGCCUGACGAUCCCACAAAUCCUGGCCUCUCCGUGGUUUACAUCCACCCCUUCCGCUCCUGUUUCGGACCAAGUGCUCUUUGAUGUUAAUGAUGUUCCUCCAUCCCCGUCACCUGCCCGCGAUACCUUUAUCCUCCCCGUGAAACCCGUCGUGAACACUCAAACACAGGUGAACGAAAUUUCUAUUUCUCCGGCGACAUCGACUACAUCUGAAUCCUUUGUUUCUGCAUCGUCUCAUUUAUCUCCAUCGCCUCCUACAACUCCCGAUAACACUCCUAAUGACCCUUUUGAUACAACUCAGGGUAACGGGAACCAAACCCCGAUUAUGAAGGCUGCUCAGCGCUCUCAUCCCAGUAAAGAUAUCAUGACUCGACAGCCUGAAACCGUCAUCGAAGAGGAACCUGAAGCAGAGAACGCUGUACCAUUUGCUACAGAGUCAGUUACAAACCUCGAUCAGACCCCUAAGGCGCCCCCGUAUCCAACACGCACACCUGCACGUACAAAGCGCCGCUCUGUGUCUUCUACCCUUUCUGACUCUGGUUCACCAACACUGGACAAGUCAUUGGCCCCUCUCCCACCCCAAGAUUUUGCAUCAUUACUCAGCACUCCAGCUCCCAUAAUUUUCUCCACGCCCGCGGAACGCGACCUUCUCAAUAGCCUCAGUCUACUCGGAUUCGAUACAAGUCAGAUCGUGCAUUCUGUCCUCAGCGAUGCAUGUGAUGCUGCAGGUGCUAUUUGGUGGAUGCUAAAGCGCAAGCGGGAAAAACGCGUUUUUGCUGGAGAGAUACCAUUGCCCCCCGAGUUUUCCGAGCCUGUAGAUAGUAAGCAGCGAGAGAAAGAUGGGGAGGAACAGGACCGCGCUAAUUCUCGGAGACGGACCAAGCGUGGCAUCGGUGUCCAGACCGACGAUGCCACAAUUUCUUCAUCACUGGGUCUGAUACAUCGUGCUCCUGAGCUUGCCUUACUGCCUCCGACGCCCACCGUCCCAUCAUCCGCACGGCCCACGACGCCGCCGCGUGCGAAGUCGCCGUUUCUGUCACCAUCACCAACUACUGCGGAAUCCUCCGGCAGGUCCAAUCCAUCAACACCUACCGGAAGUUUCAAGGAUAAGGAUAAAGACAACAAAGGGAGGAGGGAUAGCAAGGCACGCUCUGGCAGUGUAAGCAUCAUGCAGCGCGCCACGAAUGCCCUCGAAAUCGCAGGUCUCGUGCGGAAGAAAUCAAGCGAAGCAGUGAAAGGGGAUGACAAGGAACGCGAGCAGGAAAGAUCCAGGGAGCAUGAGAAGCGGAAUGGAGGCGGAGAAGAACCCAGACAUUCAGGGAACUCGUCCAAGUUGACCAAGUCGCCACCUUUGAAGCCUAAGGACCAAGUAAUUCUCCCUACUACCCCAUCCGUUGCAGAGUCAAGUGUUCCGCCCCCUUUGCCUGGUUCGCCAUGGGUUGUCACCGGUGACCGAACGUCUCCACAUUCACAUACGCCGACACCUGCGAAUUCUCCAGGUGAUACACUGACAAGCCUCCCGAACUUCUCAGAUGAGGGAAAGGUUGUGCCACCUAACCGGAAUCGCGCCAGUUUAUUGUCUGCGUUCAGAUUGUGGUUCCAGGAAGAUAAGAAAGGGAAGCGGAAGGAGGCGGCGCAAACUCAAGGCAGUGGACGCGGACUUUCAUAUAGCCGUUCUCUUGCUGUUCCCCCUACUGCUUCCAUGUCACCUGGUGGUCAUGGAAAUCUCAAGAGAAGAGGCAGUGGAACUGGGCGUGGACGGCGUGUGAAGCGUCACUCAACAUCAUCGCGCCGUUCGAGCAGUGUGAAUUCCCGUCGGUCGUCAGGAAACUCUACGCAAUUGCCAGUUCUGGAGCCACCUCACAUACUGGAGCAAAUUCCCAGCGUGCGAUCGUAUGGCGGUGCUCAUACGCCGGGAUCUGACAGGGGAGAAUCCUCAUCACGCCCCUCCUCUGUUCAUAGUGUUACACUUGGCAAGCAUCGCAAAUCGCCAUCGACAGGGUCUAAUGGGUCAGCACACUAUCGCAACGGUUCACCUAUGCAUAAAUAUCACCACAGGCGAGCCGGGUCUUCUUCGUCAACUCGUGUCAUACGUCAUCAGACAGGGCCUCGACCUGUACACCAUAGAACCAGUUCUGCUACAUCGUCCGUCCAUUCAUUAGCGUCAUCACGCCCAACCUCGUUUUAUGAAGCCUCAGAAGGAGAAGGCACUCGCACGAGUUCUCCGUACAAAGGCUACCCGUCCCGCCGCUCGCUUGACGACACGCCACGGCGUGGGUCAGGCAAUGCGACGUUUGUGGCUCAAAAACGAAUCACGCCUUUUAUGAGCCCUUCCGGAGCCGCCGGACGAACGGGCUGGAAAAAAUCCUGGGGCCACGAGCCUCCUGGCUGGCAGUCCCGUUCUACGCAUCUGCCUGUCGAGGUGCUUUCAAUAUCCCCGGGACCAGAGGGGCCUGCGAACAUUCGAGAUGUCUUUACUGGGAGGCAGAGUCUCAGUUUGGGCGAUGAGAGUGAUUGGGUGGAUGAGGAUGAUGACAUACUUGAGUUUGCGGGUGGGUUGGGUCAGAUGCCUUCGAGCUCGAGUACGAACUCGUCAUUCAUCCCUAUUGAGUCACCGACGCCUAUACCGCCUCCUGCAUGGAAUCAUAAUUCACGCUCAGGGAAAGGUCGUACGACCUCACUAGCUCUGCCGAACAGCAAUAGCAGGGCCAAACAAGGCAACUCCCCCGCUAGGUCGUCUCCUGUUUCAACGGAAAAUGUGUUCGAUGCUUCAGAUGUGAGAGCAGGGCGUCGACAACUACCCACAAGCCGCUCAGGCCCUGCGUUCAGACAUCCGAUACAAGAAGAAGAUGAGGGGGAAGAGGAAUAAAUCUUAUUUUUACUUUGGCGUGCGAUGCACGUAUUGGUAAAUGUUGUCUCAUAUAAAGCUAGCUGCUGGUUUUCUGUCUUGGAUGCUUUCAUAGAAUUGCUCUCGUGUGUUCCUUCAUCUUUUUUCUAUGUC